GGUCUGGGUCUCGAGCCGCAGGGACGAGCCGGCAAGUGAUGCCGCCCGUCGUCGACGUAGGUAGUCGCUCGAAGACGGCCGUUGGUCCCCCAGUGUCAGGUGUCAGUGACUGGUGAGAGAGGCGAAACGUUUUCGCUGAGUGUCCGUUCGUUCUGUGCUUCCCGUGCCUGACAGAGGAGACGUGCCCGAAGAGGAUGGCCGCGGUAUCCUGCCGAGCGCUGUGCAUCGUCCGAUGGUACGAGGUGUCCCGCGUGCUGAGCGUUUCCUCCAGCCUAGCCACAACAAAGAACUACCGGAACGAAACAUGGUGCAAAAGAUGGUGGCACAUCUCCCAGAGGAGUAUUUCCGUUUCGACGAGCUCCUUCGCUCCGAGCUUAAGCCCGAUUUUAGCGAAGGGGAUGGAAGCUUCAGGAAGCUCGUCAAAGGAAACGAAGACAUCGAGGCUAUCGAAGGAUAAGACGAACGAGAAGAGCCUGGUUCCUCAGGAUCCUGUUUCAGAAGUCACAGUGACGUAUAGACGGGGAUUACCGAAGAUCACGGUGCCGCUGCCGUCCAGGAACGAGCAGUGCGUGUUUACGCUGAAGCCAAUAACCCACACGGUCGGCGACUUCGUCAAGAUGCUGAGAAAGGAGGACCGCGGCAUCGAUCGUGCGAUCGUGAGGACACUCGACGGCGUUAGAAUAGGCUCCAGCAACACGAUAGAAACGUUAAUGGAGGAGGACUUCCAGCUGAUUAUAAACGACAAGGAGUACCUCGUUACGCCCCCUUUGCACCAGAGGCACACCUUGGAGAGCGUAGAGAAGCUGUCAGACGUGCAGAUAUUGGUCGGAGAACUGUACGAGGUGUUCCACGUUCGAGAACAUUACGCGAGCAUGGAGAAACAGGUGUUGGCCGAGUUGGAGGCUGUCAGACUGGAGUUAGAGCCGCUGGAACAGAAGCUACAGGAAUUGGAAAUCACAGCCGCCAGAAGGUCGAACAUAUUCACCUGGGUGUGCCUGGCCCUGAUGUCGGUGCAAUUCAGCGGUUUAGCCAGGCUAACUUGGUGGGAAUACUCGUGGGACAUAAUGGAACCCGUCACCUACUUCGUAACUUAUGGCACCACGAUGGCUUGGUUCAUCUACUUCGUUUUAACAAAACAAGAAUACAUGCUGCCCGACGUGCUGAACAGACGACAGCUGAUCGCCCUCCACAAAAAGGCCAGGCAGGUUGGUCUGGACAUCAACCUCUACAACACCCUGAAGAACAGAGCCUACGAGUUAGAGAGCACCCUCAGAGUCAUCCGCGGACCUCUGUACGAGCACCAGUCCCGCUUGGAGAAGUUGAGAAGGGAAAGAUCAAGCUCGAGCAGUUCCAGAUCACCGAGCUCUUCGCCUAGUCCUAGUCCUAGUCCUAGUCCGGAAAGGAGUCUUCCUAAGAGAGGGAUCUUCCCGCGGAAGGACGCGCCCGAUAAAGAAAAUUCCACGGGGCCAGGGGUCAAUCCGGCCUCGCCGCAUAAAGGAACCAGGGAUUAAUCAUCGAAGACGUCAAUGGACCGGUUCUUUUGUUUCGUUCCUUUGUUUCUCGAAGAAGGCACGCACCAGGGUGUGUCCGCCUGUUGACACUUAUCGUUGAAAGGGGAUGCACGGUGACGAAAGGCGAGCGGAGUAUUAAAAAGGGAACGAUCGCUUUCACUCGCAUGGAACAACCCAGCGGAAUCGUCGACGGAGUCUUCCAAGUCGUACGACGACACUCCUAAUCAACGACUACAUGUAUAAUAUGUAUCUGCCCAAUGCUCAAUGUUGUUGACCUCUGUGCGUUUGGAAGAUGACGAAUGGGGAUGUGUAUAUACCGCAGUUUUCUACAUACUAUGAUUCACUACACGAGAAUUGAGGGAAUCGUCUUAGGCGACAUUGGGGGACGACGAUCCUCGGCAAUGUCGACGGUGUGUGGUUGAUCAGACAUCGAAUUUUUCAUUGUUUUCAUUUGCUAGGAGUUAUCGACUAUUCGAACGUGGUAGGUGAAAUUGUAAUCUAGGCGAGGUAUCUUCAGGGUAACGAUGGCUACCGAUGUUUAGUUUAAGAGCUAUUCCGAAAUGUUCUCUCCCGUUAGUCUCGGACGACGCUUGGUAAUAGUUAAUCGAACGAGACGUAGGAAAUUCCAUUUCUGAUGAACCACUCGGUAGAUAUACAUACGUUUAUGAUUCAUGCUGGUUGUACUUGUGAUAAGUUCUUUUUUUUAGUUGUAAUUUAAUAAUCACCCUUCUCACGAAUCUCUCGCGAGCACGUACUUACGCACGUUUCACCGACGAUCGACGAUCGAUCCUCGGUGGAUUUUCCUUUUACGACUUUGACCGCUUUACUCGUCGCGUGUAUUAUCGUGAUAUGUUUCCUGCGAAUCGACACCCGAUAGGCCGCAUGUAAAUAUAUCGUUUCCACGUCCGCGCGAUCGACGAACCAUUUUAUUCGUUCAACUGACAAGGUGCGCUGUACUUAACGCGUUCCUCGACGAGCUGUCGCUUUUACUUAUCGUUUCAGGGAAGUACAGAUGUACUUAGCGAACAGCCAUGAAUAUUUGUUGUUUUUUUUAGUGAAUUUCUCUGACGAAGGUUACUCUGAUUUAAACGUUGCUCUUCGCCGUUCACGGAUACACGGAUGUAUUUAACCGUAUCGUUCGUACACCCUGCCGGACGUUUUUACAAUGUUACUAUUAACGCUUGAUUAACGCUGAUAGAGAACGUCUCUCACACAGUCUAGAUAUUUAUAACGAUACUCGCUCCACUAACAUCUUUUAUCCCUAUUGGUGGCGCACGAUUUUAACGAUUCGCGGUACGCCGUGCACCCAAUAACGAAUUUUCGACUUUAACACCCUUAACACUUAGGAAUAAAAAACUAUCGUUAACUACUUACUGCAACCUAGAGUAUCAUUCACGAAAGUAUCUUAGGAGUAACAUAGGAAUAUUUCUAGCCUGUUUAAGAACUUUCUCUCGCUUUCGGAAAAAUCCCUUAUCCGUCCGCUCGAAUAGCUCCCAUUGUACUCUACGACCUCGGGGAACCGACGUUUCACUUCCGAAAACCGUUUUACUCUUAUCAAGAUACCCGGUAAUUUCGCGUAGCUGCUCGUUGCGUCGCAACGGCGGGAUACACGUUUAACAAACGGAUCAUCGUUAGACCAGAAAUUUCAUGCAUUUAUAUUACGCGAGACUGCACGAGUGAAAAUGAAUAACGUCGGUCGAAUUCGGCGAAGCUUUCAGUUUGACUUUAACCGGAUAAGUUCGUUUGUUCCGAACGGUCAUCGACAGAAAUGUAAAUUUCCGAUUGGCGGUCGGUUGUCAUGGACAUUGUCAUUAAUUUCUUUCAUAAAUAGAUCACUCCGCUCAAACGAUUUGGGAGAACGGCAUUUCACGAGACACCGAUGUACCGUACACUUAGAAUCGUAUUCGAAGAACAACUUCUGCUAGUCGGCUAUGAAAUAGGUAAACAGUCACGAUUUCGUAUGGAUAGCGCGUUAGUGUCACCGGAGAAUAGGCGAAUCAUUGUAUACGAGGCUAAAGCACAAUUUCAAGGGACUUUUUUUCGAGCACAGACAUUUAAUGCAUGCCGCUUGAUGUUGCAUUCGGCGAUCCAACCCCUUUCCGACAAUCGCUUUUCCCGAGCUUCAUUUGCGACCGAAGCAAUCUAGUGCCAACGUUCACGUCGCAAAACAAAAGGAGAAGAGAGAAGGGAACGAUCCUCGAAAUUGUCGCGAAUCAGUUCGAAGCUAAUUGGGAAGAAGCAACGAGCGAUGCAACGGGUGUCUCGACGAUGAGUAUUUUGUAAAAUCGUCACUGAACAGUAUAAAAGACAGGAAGCGUCGAAUGGUCUCAGGUUUCGAAACACUCGAACGACCUCAGCGAAGGAUCAGUUGUAUGGAAUUUUUGAAAGUUUUCAUUGAUUUAUUUUGAGACAGGUCAGAGAGAUGUACGAAAAUCGCGAAACAGUCGUUACUGUUCAGUGAACAUUUAAUUGGGACGUCUUUUAAAGAGACACCCGGUGUAUGACGAGCAGAACACACGUGUAUUGCUUCCUGGAGACGAAUUUUCCUGUACUCGCAAACAGCUGUUCUUUCCGACAUAUUUUUUAUGAUCUUUAAGAAAAAGAUUUCGUAUACACAAGUUUUUGUAUAUAUACAAAGGAUAUAUAUAUAUAUAUAUAGACAUAUUAUAUAUCAUAUAUAUAUAUAUAUAUAUAUAUAAACGUAUGGUUAUUUUGUAAAUGUUCUUGUUGCGCCGUUUCCUCGGAGCUUACGAACGAAACGCCUAAACUGCUCGUUGAGCAACGGACGACUUUCAAAACGUCUUUUAUUCUUGGUUGGAAGGCAUCGCUUUACUUGAAAUCUCACGUGACGUCGCAGUUCAAAUCGAACAUCGUUGUUUCAACCGCACUGUUGUGUCUUUUUAAUUGACAACGAUCAACGACGACCCGACGUUCAACUGAUAUCCGACGAAAUUAGAAUGUGACUUAUAUCGAUCAGGCAUGUCGUUGAACAACGUGCGGACCCUGUUUAGUUAGGUGACGUUUCGAAUUCAGAAUGUUAUCGCGCAAGGUUCGAAGUGUAUGUAUGCGUUUCCACUGCUCUUGAAUUUGGAAAAAACGAACGAACGGACGAUUCGGAGUGUAAUUAAAACGGAAAUUGUUUCGAAUCUCAGUCGCCUGUACCGCGUACUCGCCACAUGUACAUAUUACUCCCAACAAAUGCAUAAAUGUUUAUACAACCUUGAGUUGUGCUGUGAUUUACGUCCAUGUAUCUAGUUAUGCAUACAAAAACG